AUGGCAACCGCGCUGUCUCUCCAGUUCCUGCUGGUGUUCAGCCUAGCACUGCAGCUUGUGCCUGGAAGUCCCAGGCAGCGUCUUCUGAACUACAUCUUGGAACCACCGCCCUGCAGAUCGGAACCCGAGAACUGCUACCAGUUCUGUACAUUGCAGGAAGACUGUUCACAAGGACUCCAGUGCUGCUCUGCCUUCUGCGGGAUAGUCUGUUCACUAAACCGCCCUCCAAAUCGCAGAGAGUAA